AUGGAGUAUACGGGACAAGAAGAGGUACCUGACCUUAUUUCUUUGAAUGAUAGUGAACCUGAAGAUAGAGAACAUUUAAUAGCGAAUUCUUUACAAGGCAAUCAAGAAAACAAACUAAAUGAUGAAAGUACUGAUGAACCUGUUGGUAAUCAAGUAACUAGCAGCACACCAUCUGAAAAUAGUUCUUGCGUCAAUAAAUCGUCUAAACCCAAUCUUAAAGACAUUCAACUGGUACCUAUUAACAAAGUUCCUGGAAAAAAGAAUAGACUUCAACCAUGUGGUCAUUUGAUGGGAACAAUGAAUACUUCGACAAGUAACUUUAUUGGGCACUUGGUGUUGCGACAUUUACUUACAGAAGCAAUACACAAACAAAAGCAGAAACAAUCUACACAACAAAAUAUUGGACAAAUGUUUCAACAAAUGGCAGUGAUCGAUUCUAAAAGAAAAGAAAGCCAGGAUCAAAAGUUUGUCAGUAUGUUAGUUAAGGAUCAAAUGCCUAUUAGCAUACGAGAUGGAACCAGUUUGAUUGAGUUUCUGGCAGAGUUUGAUCCUAAUUAUAAGUUACCUAAUGAAAAGCUUUGCCGAAAAUUACUUACAGAUGCUUUUGUAAGUUCCAAAGAAA